AUGCUGCUUCAUGAGAACGGAAUUGGAGUUUUUAGGGCACAAGGUUGGUGGAGAAGACAUCAGUACUCUGGAGGAAAAGGUCUUCGGUUCAGGAGUCCACAGCAUGCACACCUGCUCUUCAUGCACACCUGCUGGGGCGAGAGCUACGGACACCCAGAGAAAUGUCCUUCGGCAGACCCCCAGACACUCCUGCAGUCCAACCAGGAACGGAACACGCUGCCAGACCCCAGACAUUGA